CAUUACGCGUUUACGUCACAUGCACAGUCUGCUGGUUGAAACGCGGCGAUGACGGCCGGAGUCUACGGUGGGACGGACUAGGACUGCAAAUGGAUCUGAAUAUCUGUUUGUGUCGCUUAUUUGCCGUUUAUUUAAAGCCGGAUGCAAGCAUACUCCAUCAAAUACAUGUCCAUUCUCUUCGAGAGCUUCUUUUAAGAAUUCAAUGUCAUAACCCCGAGUGAGACGUUUCCAAACAGGAAGUAAGAAAAGGUCCUCGUCUGGAGCUUCUGUCCUCUAUGUGAAUUGAGCCUGUGAUUGAGUGAGAAGAGGGAAGACGAUUGGCUGGGACAGAGCCGCACUCCUUCACUGGGGCCAUGGAGGAGGAGGGGCAGCAGAGCUUGGAGUGCAUCCAAGCCAAUCAGAUCUUCCCCAGGAAGCCCCCAGUCCUGGAGCAGGAUGACCUGCAGGUGCCCUACUCUGAGCUGCAUGGAGAGUUCACAAAGUACGUGGGGAUGGCGGGGGACGCUAUCAUCGCCAUGUCAAGCUACCGGCUGCACAUCAAGUUCAAGGAGUCCAUCGUCAAUAGUUGUUCGUGCGAAGUGUCAGUUCCUGUCCAGUUGAUAGAGAGUGUUGAGUGCCGGGACAUGUUCCAGCUUCAUGUCACCUGCAAGGACUGCAAAGUCGUAAGGUGCCAGUUCUCCACCUUUGAGCAGUGUCAGGAGUGGCAGAAGCGUGUGGUGGCUGCGGUUCGACCCCCGGCGCGUCUGGAGGAGCUGUUUGCCUUCGCCUACCACGCCUGGUGUGUGGACAUCUACGCCGAGGAGAAAGAGCCGCACGGACAGCUCUGCAGGCCAGGGGAUCACUUGACCUCUCGCUUCAGGAACGAGGUGGAGCGGAUGGGCUUCGACACACAGAACGCCUGGAGGAUCUCGGAGAUCAACAGCAAACACAAGCUGUGCCCCAGCUAUCCCCAGCAUCUGCUGGUGCCCGCAUGGAUUACAGAUAAGGAGCUGGAGAACGUGGCCGCCUUCCGCUCCUGGAAGAGGAUUCCAUCCGUCGUCUACAGGCACCAGAGUACGGGCGCGGUGAUAGCGCGGUGUGGGCAGCCGGAGGUGAGCUGGUGGGGGUGGCGUAACGCGGACGACGAGCACCUGGUCCAGUCCAUCGCUAAGGCCUGUGCUGUGGAUGGCAACGCCCUCAAGCCCCUGGCCAACAACUCCUGCUCUCGGGACUUCUCCAACGGCACAGACCUCGCAGACGUGGACUUUGACUCGUCCCUGACCAACAGCUCAGAGGUGGAGAGUUUGGCCAUCCAGCCUCAUAAGCUGCUGAUCCUGGACGCACGCUCCUACGCAGCCGCUGUGGCCAACAGAGCCAAGGGAGGAGGCUGUGAAUGCCCAGAGUACUACCCCAACUGUGAGGUAGUCUUCAUGGGCAUGGCCAACAUCCAUUCCAUCCGCAAGAGUUUCCAGGCUCUUCGCUUCCUCUGCACUCAGAUGCCUGAUCCAGCCAACUGGCUGUCUGCUCUGGAGAGCACUAAGUGGCUGCAGCAUCUCUCUCUGCUGCUGAAGGCCUCUCUGCUGGUGAUGAACGCAGUGGACCGGGACCAGCGGCCCGUUCUGGUCCACUGCUCCGACGGCUGGGACCGGACACCCCAGAUUGCCGCUCUCGCCAAACUCCUGCUGGACCCCUUCUACCGCACCGUCGAGGGCUUCCAGGUGCUGGUGGAGACGGAGUGGCUGGACUUCGGCCACAAGUUCGCCGACCGCUGCGGCCACGGCGAGAACGCGGAGGACCUGAACGAGCGCUGCCCCGUCUUCCUGCAGUGGCUCGACUGCGUCCACCAGCUGCAGAGACAGUUCCCCUGCUCCUUCGAGUUCAACGAGGCCUUCCUGGUGAAGCUGGUUCAGCACACCUACUCGUGUCUGUACGGCACGUUCCUGUGUAACAGCGGGCAGGAGCGUGAGGAGAGACACAUCCAGGAGAGGACCUGCUCCGUGUGGUCACUCCUGCGGCCAGCCAACAGAUCUUUCCGGAACAUGCUCUACUCCUCGCACUCUGAGACCGUGUUGCACCCAGUGUGUCACGUGCGGAACCUGAUGUUGUGGACGGGCGUGUACCUCCCUUGCUCCUUGCCCACCACGCCCUCGGACGACUCCUGUGUGCCCUACCCCACACCAGGGGGCCACCCUGAGGACCAGCUCCUGGGCAGGCGUCCAAAGACACGGUCGUUUGACAACCUGCCGAGCGCGUGCGAGGUGUUCCCGAACCGCCGCUCCAGCGACCCCAGCCUGAACGAGAAGUGGCAGGAUCACCGGCGCUCUCUGGAGGUCAACCGCGGAGCCGGGCCGGAACCGGAUCAGGACGAGAAACCCGCCGGGCAGCCCGGAGCGCCAAUGGGGCCCAACGGGGUGAGAACGGGACCGGUGGACGGCGCUGAACCAGAGAACGUGGAAAACGGGGCGGAACCAGGGCACGUGGAGAACGUGAAGGUUAACGGCACUAGGACAGGAGAGGCAAUGGGGGAGGAGCUGAAUGGGGAGGAACUGGAGCCAGCUGUUUCAGUGGGUCAGAUGGAGAACGCCCUGCAGGGGGCGACGGAGGACGCGGCGGCAGUCAAGGGGCGUCAGGGGAACGUCAACGCCCAUGCUGGCAGGACAGGAGCCCGCGGUGCCAUCUGCAUGAACAGAACCGCGCCGGACGGCUUUGCCAACGGAGUGGACACUCCCGGGGCCACGAUCGCCGAGACGUUAACACACACCGACGCUGGACUGAAACUGAAUGGUGUGCACACGCACACUGUGAACGGCUCCCUCGCUGCUCCCACUCCAGAGCCUCAGGGGGUGCUAGAGAGCCAGGAGCCGGGCGAGCUCGGCGUUCCCUCUGCCUCCAGCCCUCUUACCCCUGCCCCCUGCCAGCAGAUGCCUGCUGCCCUCAGGACUAUGAGCAACGGCUCGGAGAGAGCGGAGGAGCCAGAGCAGCCUGUCGGGCCGGAACCUCAGCCCCCGGAGCGGCUGGACCCAGAGCAGCCUGUCGGGCCAGAACCAGAACCAGAACCAGAACCAGAACCAGAACCCCAGCUCCCGGAGCAGCUGGACAAGAGGCUGUCCCUGCUGGAGAGCUCUACCGAGACGCUCACCGAGGAGGGGUCCACCAUCGCGCCCCGCCUGGACCCCCUGGCCUCCCCCCCUCCUCCCAGCUCGCGAGGGCAGCCCGGCGACGAGCAGAGCCCCGGCCCGACGAGACCAGACAGCACAGAGUCCGAAGCCACCCCGGAGCCCGCUAGCGCCCCCCGCCUCCCCAGCACCUCCCAGCGCCCCUCUCUCAGUGCCUUGGCCCCCGCCCCCACCCCAGACGCCUCCCCCCCCUGCAAUGGCGAGAGCUGGGAGCCCGAGUCCGGCACCCCCCUGUGGGCUCGGAGCAACGGUGAACGCGCCCCACUCAGUCGGCAACUCUCUGCUGCCAGCUGUGGCUCGCUGACGCUGCAGUACGCCCCCGCCUACCCGCCCAUGCCGCCCCCUCUGCCCUCCUCAACGCACCCGUACCUCCUGCACCGCGGCAGCUGCUCUCAGCACCGCUGCCUGCACGGCCUCAUGGCAAGGGCGGCGGCGGCGAGCCCCGAGCAGGUGACCAGCCGCAGCCACCUGGACGAGGACGGGCUGGCCAUGCACACGGACGUGGUGCAGCAGCGGCUGCGGCAGAUCGACGCGCUCCACCAGGCCGAGGUGGAGGCGCUCAAGCGGCAGGUGCAGGAGCUCUGGAGCCGCCUGGAGAGCCAGCAGGCCACCGGGGCGGGGCGCCUCAACGGGGACGUGGGAGACGAAGUGACCUCAAUCACAGACUCAGACUUUAAUCUGGACCCUAACUGCCUGUCACGCUGCAGCACAGAGCUCUUCUCUGAGGCCAGCUGGGAGCAGGUGGACAAGCAGGACACUGAGGUGACGCGGUGGUACCCCGACCACCUGGCUGCACAGUGCUACGGCUGCGAGAGCAGGUUCUGGUUGGCCACCAGGAAACACCACUGCAGAACCAAGGCACCUGUAGAAGAGGCCUGGAACUGUGGGAACGUGUUCUGUGGCAGCUGCUGCGAUCAGAAGAUCCCGGUGCCCAGCCAGCAGCUGUUUGAGCCCAGCCGCGUGUGCAAGACAUGCUUCAGCAGCCUGCAGGCUGCCACCACCACCGCCACGCCCAGCCAGAUGGAGCUGGAGAAGCCCAUCACUACCAGCUCCAACUAGCCCACAUCCACCUCCACCUCCACCCCUCUCUCCACUGCACCCCCCCCCCCCACCCGCGGCAGCCUGUCUGGGGGGCAACCAGGCUGCACGGCCCCCCCCCCCCCUCUGUGGCCUUGGAGCUCGGCGGAGGAGUUGAGGAAGGACGGCAAAAUGAGUUUUUUUGUUUUGUUUUGUUUGUUUGUUUGUUUGUGUGUUUUGCACAGACAGUAGUGGUGCUCUGGACAGCUGGGACUUUCCUACCCCUGGGGGAAAGGGAAUUCAGUGGUGUGUGUGUGUGUGUGUGUGUGUGUGUGUGUGUGUGUGUGUGUGAGUAUGAGCAUAUAGAAACGGAUGAGGGGAGUGGAUAGGAGUUGUUGGGAUGUGUUUUUUUUUUUUUUUUACCGAAGCUGAGCACUUUGGAUGGCCAGUGUGUGCAGAGACAUGGUAGCACCCCCAAACACACAGACACACACACACACACACACACACACCACACACACACACAGGUCCACAGGGGGAAGCACUCAGGAGUGCUGGUGAAGGCAGGAUGAUAUGUUGGGUGUUCAGAGGGUUCUUCACACACUCUAAGUGUGUAUUCUGUCUGUGUCUGAGAUCUGACUCUCUCCACAUUAUUACAGGGCAGGACCGUUUGGUAUAUUGGAAGACACUUUGACAUGAACUGUCUGAUCAUUUGACUGUUUCACUGACCAUCUGACCGACUGAGUCUGGCUGAGAAUUUGAAUGGGACUGACUGUAUAACUGACUGACUGUAGUACUGACUGACUGUAGUACUGACUGACUGCACGACUAGACUGUGUGGCUGGUGGACUUGAUUGGCUGUGUUUGUGACUGUAUGAUGACUCUCUAACUCGGUGUGUUUGAACAAGUUGGUACAGGCUGGAUUAUUCUCUGACGAAUUUAUAGUGUGACUGACUGACUGACUGACUGUGUCCAAGGUUCUCUAUCUAUCUGGCUGACUGACAGUGACAAAGGUUAUCUAUCUGGCUGACUGACUGAAAGAGGAAA